UCUCCCACGUCUACUAACACAGUUUCAGAACUUGUAACAACUAAAUCUACAGAAUCCGAGAAAGGAAUAGUUACAACAGGGUCUCCCACGUCUACUAACACAGUUUCAGAACUUGUAACAACUAAAUCUACAGAAUCCGAGAAAGGAAUAGUUACAACAGAGUCUCCCACGUCUACUAACACAGUUUCAGAACUUGUAACAACUAAAUCUACAGAAUCCGAGAAAGGAAUAGUUUCAACAGAGUCUCCUACGUCUACUAACACAGUUUCAGAACCUGUAACGUCUAAAUCUACAGAAUCCGAGAAAGGAAUAGUUACAACAGGGUCUCCUACGUCUACUAACACAGUUUCAGAACUUGUAACAACUAAAUCUACAGAAUCCGAGAAAGGAAUAGUUUCAACAGGGUCUUCCACAUCUACUAACACAGUUUCAGAACUUGUAACAACUAAAUCUACGAAAUCAGAGAAAGGAACAACUUCCACAAAACAUAAUUUUUUAACUUCCAGAAACUCUGGAAUUUCCACAACAGAUGAGGAUGGAACUAUUUCAACAGAAUCGUCCACUAUAACAUUAACAAGCACAGGUUCAGAAUCAUUAACAUCUAAAUCCACAAAACCCGAGAAAGAGACGAAUCAACCAGAAUCUUCUACUGUAUCAACAAGAAACGCCAGUUCAAAUCUAUUAACGCCAAAACCAACUACACCAGAAGAGGGAACAUCGACAUUUUCAAGUGUUACAUCAACAAUCAAUAGUUCAGAGUUGUUAACCCUAGAGUCCACAAAAGAAGAAGAAACAGUAACUUUUACCACUGCGAAUGUUAAUAGUACUACUACUUCCUCAUCCAUCUAUCCACAAGAAGAUCAAUUUUCCUCCUCCUGGCUACAUGUGUUAAUAUCGUGUUUCUCGACCAUUUUGUUUUGCACUGUAUUUUUCUUAAUUUGCAACUCUUUAAACAAAAGACGACGACACAGAAAAGUACGGGAAAGAGAUGUAGACAUUGCUUUUGUUUUUUGAGCUUAAAUUAUUUAACGUAGCAUGAAAACAAUCCGGAAAUGCUAUUUGUACGUAGUUAUUGAUACGAGUGUUACUAUACGUCAACUUCCUGUUGUGUAGGGCACGUGUGUAUCCUUCUUCUUCAAAUAUCAGCAUCUAGAAUUUUUAUUUGUUUAAGCGCAAAGCUAAAAAAUGGGCUUUCUGUGCUCUGCCCACCACAAGUUUCGAACCCGAAUUUUUAACGUUAUGAGCCCUCCAGCUUACCACUGAACCACCGGGGGAAGGGAAAUAUCUAGAAACAUUUUCUUUUGCCGUAAGGCCUGGCUUGUGCUGGUAGUUAGGACUCACAAUCCGCAGGUCACGGGAUCUAAACCUGUCACCGAACACGAUUGCCCAUUCAGUCGUGAGGUAAAAAGUAGCCGAAGAGUUAGCAUAGGUAGUUCUCUUGCUAAAUUCAACUAACAAACUUACGACAUGUAGGUCUCGGAAGUGGUUUCAUUUAGGUUAUUUACAGAUAUCCUUUUGUAGUUUAAUUUAAAAUAAAGUUAUUAUAUAAUCUUGAUAUAUAUAUAUAUAUAUUCUGUCUUAAAUCCUAUUGUAAGCCACAUGUUUUAACAUCAAGAUUUAAUUAGUAAACCCUUUCCAUUUCUAUAAUAAACAUGGACGUUGUAAAGAUUACUAUUAGUUUCGUCGUGUUCGGUAUCGUGUCCUCCUUCAGUAGCCCAUCGGGAUUAUAACGUUAAACUUCGGGUUUCGAUCUCCCCACCGCCAUGGGCACAUUGCAAAUACCCCAUCACGUUAACAUCAUGUUAAACAAAUCCGCUUGUUCAGUAUUUAUCCAUUAAUAAGAAACGUACGUUAUAAUGGAAACCCAUUAUUUUGUAAAUGAUUGAGUAAAUAAUGUUUGAAUUGUUCGUAUAAAGUUGUAAUUUGAAAUA